CGCAAAUCAAAGAAGUUUCUUGUUUCCUUUUCGCAGGGUUUUAGGCAUAAUCUUGCGAUGUUUUUAUGAAGUUUUGCUUUAGUCAUUGACUAACUAUACAUUAAUAAGGUACAUACAACUGCUGAAGGACCACGAUGGAUCAGUCACACAGAGAUAUCUUGAAGAAGAACAGGACAUUUAUAAUAGACAGCAUAGCUAACCCGAUAGAGGUGGCAGAGAGGUUGUUUGAGCGAGAUAUUUUUACAGAAGGCAUGAGGCAAGAAAUUGAGGCUCAAAAAACACCAAAUGACAAAGUUCGGAAAAUUAUCGACACUGUUCCAAAAAGAGGUCCAAGAGCCUUUGGAAUAUUUCUUGAAGUGUUGCAUGCUACAGAUAAUACUGACCUAGCAGCAAGACUCAGCGGAUCUGGGAUGGGGGAUGGGCAUAGCCGGGGUGUGGCCAUUCCUCAGGAGGAUGUUGCCUUGCCAACAGAAUGGCCAAGCGAGGCGCACAUGACAGCACCAAUUGAAGUAAAACCAUGUAAUGUUUAUGGAGACCAAGUACGAACACAGUGGAGAAACCCUAAUGUGUACAACAUGAAAAAGCAGAUCAGAGGAAGAUGCUUCAUUAUAUCGAACAAAAUGUUUUAUGCUACGGAACUUGAUGAGAAAGGUGUGGCAAGGAGUAAACUGGGGACCCGUUACGGCACAGAAAAGGAUGUAGAAGACCUUAAAAAGCUGUUUCAACAACUACACUUUCAAGUUGAUGUUAAGAAAGAUCUUAAGAAGGAUGAAAUGUCCACUGCUUUAUUUCAAGAAUCAUCGAAUAUGUCCCUACGAGAUAUGGAGUGUUACGUAUGUGUGAUAUGCAGCCAUGGGACGCGGGAGGGGAUAUAUGGGACAGACGGAGGAGUCAUCACACUGGAAGAAGUAACAUCGUACUUUGAUGGUCAACAUUGUCCGUAUCUCAUGCAGAAACCAAAGUUGUUCUUUAUACAGGCUUGUCAAGGAGACCAAGUGGACCGCACGUCUGGCCAAACAGGGGACUUAGGCCAGGAUCUCUCAACUCUAUCCAGACAGUUUAAGAAGAGUGUGAGCAUCAAAGAUGGAUGUCAACCAGAUGCAGGCCCCGAACCACCUCGACCACAGGUUUUUGUGGAGCCGACUGACAGAACUGAUGCGGUGAUGGGCAAUACUGAGGAACGAAGUGUACCCUCAAAACAGGACAUGUUGGUGGCAUGUGCCACUCAUCCUGAUUUUGUGUCCUUCCGGAAUGAGCAGUUUGGGUCAUGGUUUAUUCAGGCUGUGAUCUAUGUGUUCCAAAAGUUUGCUGCAACAGAAUCUAUCCUCGAUCUACUGACACUGGUCAAUCGGCUUGUAGCUAUAGGGCGGACAUCGACAGAUCGAGGACUCCUAGCCCCCCGGGACGCCACACAGUGUGCCAGAUUUGAGUCCUCACUCACAAAAAAACUGCUAUUCUUUCCUGGUGUGGUAGAUGACAAUUGAGGAGUGAAGGAGCAAUAGUGAUUGAUAUUUAAUAUGUGUCUUUUAAUAUUUGGUUAAAAGGUGGAUAACAUUUAUUCCAACUUGGGCUUUAAUUAAAGUACGAUGUUAAGUUUUUGUCAUUGUUGAACAGUUUACAGUUGACUAGAAGACCUGAGAAGACUGGUUAUAAAGACUGUAGUUUCAAUGUAAUUACUCACUUAUAAUCAUUAAUGCAAUUAUGAUUUUUAGCUCUACUGGCCAAAGGCCAGAAGAGCUUAUGCGAUGGUAAUGUGUACGUAGUAUGUGCAUCCGUGCGUCCGUGCGGUCGUGCGUCUGUAAACAAUUGCUUGUGAACACGAUACAGUCUUCAGUUUUGAUUGUAUCGCGAUGAAACUUGUACAGUAUCUAGAUAUCCAUAUCAGCUCGGUUCCUUUCGAAAACCAGCAAGAUCUGCCCAUGAAUGCCUAGAUUAUGGGCCAUGAAAGUUUUAAAGAAAUGCUUUCUAUUUUUAGCCAGGUCUGCAUGAGCGAAUUCUAUUUUUAGCCAAGUUUACAUGUACAUGUAAAUUCAAGUCUAGAGUUAAGGGAGACAAUUUGCAAGUCUAGGAUUUUGAGAGACAAUUUGCUUUUUUGCUUCUGCAGUUGAUUUUGUGAAUUACUCUGCCUUGUUCUUGUUGAAAGCCCAAAGGCCAUUUUUUAGCUUUAGGUUCUGUAGUUUGCGCAUUCAUCUUAACAAAAUUGGUUGUGAAUGUUAUGCACCUGGUGUCGUUACUGGCCACACCCUGGGUUCACAGGUUUGGUAAACAUAAAUCUGGAAAGGUUUGAAAAUCUUUUUGUGUGUUCGUGCAUCCAUCUCAGCACAAUUGAUUGUGAAUGUUUGUUCAAAUUGAUCAAUGUUGUCCUAGGAUGCCCUUGAUUUUGACCUUUUGACCAACUUUUUUUAACUUUUAAAACUACAGAAAAUUUUACUAUGAGUACAGUUUUGAAAGCAUUUUUUUUUUGUCAGAUGACUUUUACUUGGCACAUAUUAAAAUAGUUCAUGCAACUAAUCUGCUUACAAUACUUUCUGGGCUCAGAUGUUGAACGUGCUACGUUUUCAGGUAACCCAAACACAAAACAUAAGCUAUAUGUCUGUUGCCUUUUACCCAUACAUACAUGCUCUGGAUUGAUAUGACCACAAAAGCCAUGCCAGUAGAGCAUAGGCCCUUUUGGGCCUCUUGUUCAUUUGAACAAGAAGUUUAUUGUUGAAAAAGCAUAGAUCAAUUCACAUAUAACUGACCUAAUGAAAUGUUAUGCUUUAACAUACCAGGAACUACAUUGUUAUUGACAAAUAUGACAGUUCCAGAGAACGUUAUCAAGAUUAAAUCUCUGUGUGUUUGAAUUUAACAAUACAUGUAUGAUUUAAAUAGUUUUACACCUGCGCAACAUGAAGGAGGUGUGUCAGUUAAACCAUCUCCAAAUCUUACAUGUAACAACUUAAUACAUGUUCUUUCGAGGAUUUCUACAGACUGAUAAUUUGCCGGUCUGGACCGUUUUUGACUUUGCCGGACGGAUUUCAGUAACAGAAAAGUGCUAAAAAUAUGUACAAAAAUUGCACCUUUUUUAAAUUUCGGUCCAGAACAGCUUAUCAGUAAAUAAUUUAGAAAUUCUAAUACACAGUGUUUGUCUUACCCAUUCCCCAAAUACCAGGGGACAUCCUUUAGGGUUAUAUUGUCUCUUUUAAUUGAUUUGCUGUUUUUAUAACAUCAAAGGGAUUCCUAUCCAUCAAGUUUGACAAACAUCAGUGAAACUUACAUUAGCUAUAACUGUAUGUGGUGUGUAUUACACAUAAGUAAAAUAAAUGUUCUAGGUUUAAACAUCACAAGCAUAAUUUUACUAACAUAAAAAACUUACAUAUGUGUUUGUAAAGCCCAUGUAUUUUAACCAUUAUAAACUUUGCAUGAUUUAAUCAGUACUUGGGUCUUUAGCUAGAGUUAGGCAGGGUGCAGAGCCCUGUCAUUUUUUGGUAGCAAGCUUUUUGGUAUAGUCCACCCUAAGUCUGUCAGAUAAUUCUGUUACUUUGAUUUUAACUUAUAAUAUGCUUGUAUAAUACAAACUUAUUUUGCAGUUCUAAUCCCUGAUAUUACUUCAAUUUAACACAACCUCAAACAUUUUCUGUCAAAUUCAUAAUUCAGGUUCUUCCUAGCCAGAUUCAGUAUGCCCCAUAUUCCUCUUAUGCAGCACCCGGCCAUUAAAAACCUAGCUAAACACCUAGUACUUAAUAUAACUUAUGAACUCACUCACUAACUUUGUGUCAUAUCGCUCAAUAGCAUGUAUUUAACUGUCCUCAUUUCUUGUUUGUUGUCAGACUAUUGUUAUUUUGUUGCAUUAUAUUGUAAGAACAACUAUAUCUCUUAAAUAUAUUGGGUAUUAUUUUCAUAUACUGUUGUCCUUUCAAACAGCCGUCAGCAAAUUAUUGUUUGACUUAUUUUAUUUUUAGCUUAUACAUCAGAUGUACACUAUUCACCAAAAACUCUUUGAAGCACAAGAUAAUAAUUGGAUUUACCUAUAAUAUAACAUCAUAAGAACAAGUUAAAAAAAGAAAAUAUCCUCUAUCACUUUAAGAAUUUAAAUGGCAAAAUGCUUUUAAAGUAAACCUGUUUUACUGUGAGUUGAACUCAUUCUGUAUUAAUUGUUGUACUAGUAUAAUUGGACAUUUGGACUGUACCAUGUACUUACACUCAUCUUCUUGCCUCAUAUCAUAAAUUACUUCUCUUAAUGAUGCACUCUUACUCUCAAUUAAGAUUUACCACAAUUUAUAUAUUUUUUUUAAUAUAUCAGGGAUGAAUAAAUGUUGAAAAUAGUUCUUCUGAAGGAAACCGAUUUAAUUUGAAAGAAAGUUGCAGAAAACUCAGGAUUUCUUCCCUAUGAAUCAAUAGUAGAUCACAGUUAAUCUUUUAGCACUCACCAAUCAUUUAACAUUUUUGCGUUUUCAGCUAUUAAAUACACAGUUACAAUCUUGUUAUGAGAAAUUAAUAUUUUCCAUAAAUGCAUUGUUUUGUAAGCAGUUAAAGGUUUAUCAAUCAAAAUUUAUGUUUGUUUUACAUGCGUAUGUAAUGCAAUUGAAUAAGAGUGUAACUUUAACAUUAUAUUUUGUCUACAUGUCAAAGACUUGUUGUGAUUGUUUCAAUAAAAAACUUUUACACUA